AUGGCAGACACGGCAACUAUAAUUACCAACGCCACCGCGCUAUAUGGCAAGAUCUCGCGCGCAUACGAUAACCUUCGGAAGCUCGGCGAGGCCAACAUCACACUCGGCGCGGUGGAAGCCCGGCUUCUGAAUCUCGACAAACUGUGGGAGAAGUUCGAUGCGAUGAAUGAUAUCUUGGCUGAGCGUGUAGACGAAAUAAAACAUGACGUCUAUGCUAAACAGGACAUACCUUCACUCGGCGAAGAGUCUUACCUAGUGAACAAGGGCCUGAUGUUGAAGAUGCGGCGUACUCUCCAGAAAAAGGAACGCGCCGCUGCUUCUGCUACUUCAGAAACAUCAACAUCGGCGCCUCGCACCACGCUACCUCGAAUCCAGCUGCCGACCUUUACGGGAAGAUACGAGGAUUGGCCGGCCUUCCGAGACCUCUUCGUCUCCCUCAUCGGCCAGGAUAAGACGACGAAGCCUGUAGAAAAAAUGCACUACUUGAAGAGCUGUGUCAAGGGCGAAGCAGAUCUUCUCAUCAGAGACCUCAGUUCUACCGAAGCCAAUUAUGAACGAGCCUGGCAAACUCUAAGCGACUACUACGAAAAUAAACGCUUACUAACCCGCUCUUAUUUAACAAAUUUUUUAAGCCUGCCAAAGAUGAAGGGAGAAUCCGCUGCUGAGCUUAGGAAGAUAUUCCACGGCAUCAAGACUACGGUCAGCUCGCUGACGAGCAUCGACCGGCCAGUAGGGAGUACUGAAGAUCUCUUUGUGCACCUCGCCGUUGACCUUCUCGAUAGUCGCUCUCGCCGCGAGUGGGAGACCUCCAUCAGUGAAACGAACGAGCCUCCGCAAUACGCUCUGCUAGAGCGUUUCCUUGAGCGACGUCUUCACACUCUGGAGUCGUUACCCUCGACGAAGAUCGACGUCUCGCCCAACAAAGCCAGCGGGAGUCAGUCUAGGUCGACUCGUACCCACCAUGCUCGUAAGCAGGACUUAAAGGAGCUCAAGGGAAACACCAGAGGACGCUGUUCAGCCUGCCAGGGUGACCACUUCGUGAUGCUGUGCGACACCUAUAAGAAAAUGACGGCCUCAAAGCGCAAGCAGCACGUCGAAGGCAACGACUUGUGCGGAAACUGUCUCGGCCGACACAAGAUCAAGGAGUGCGCCUCCAAGAAGAACUGCUCUGCGUGCAAUGACCGGCAUCAUACCUCACUCCAUGAUGCCUACCGCUCAUCGAAGACCGUCAAAACGUCGCACGUCAGCAAGGGACCGGUUCCGACGCCUGUAGCGGUACUUUUGGCCACGGCGCGCGUUCGCGUAUGCGAUCGCUAUGGGUCCUGGCAGUCAGUUCGCGCCCUCGUCGACCAAGGCUCGGAAUCCUCCAUUGUAUCGGAAAGGCUCACCCAACGCUUGAGGCUAGCACGGAGCUCCGCUUCGGUUUCAGUUUAUGGAGUCGGCGGGAAAAAAACAGGCGUCUCAAAGGGUAAAGUGGUACUCACCCUCCAGUCUCUUCGUGGCUGCCCUUCCAUCACCGUCAACGCUCUGGUGCUGCCGAAGCUGACCAUCUACGCCGGCGGCUACAACGGCGGCGGGCAAAACUGGUCUCAUCUUCAGGGUCUGGAACUCGCGGACCCUGACUACCGCUCAGCUGAUCCGGUUGACAUCCUCCUUGGCGCGGACGUUUACGGCUCAAUCCUCUGUCAGGGCCUAAAAAAGGGAAAUCGACAUGAACCAAUAGCUCAACAAACUACGCUCGGCUGGAUACUGUCAGGCGUUGUUGACGACGUCUCUAUCCUGGUGCGUCGCUUCUGGGAGCAGGAGGAGCUUCAACGGCCUUCACAACUCUUUUCCAAGGCUGACCAGGAGUGCGAGGAUCACUUCCUGCGACAUCACACUCGUACAGCCAACGGUCGAUAUGUGGUGAGACUGCCGACGAUUGAACCUCUGCCUGCCCUCUCAGCCACUCGACGCGCCGCCAGUCGGGCCCUGCAACACGUCAGCAAAAAACUAGAACGAGAAAGUACCUUCCGCAGCAUGUACGUGGAUUUCAUGGAGCAAUACUUGGACCUCAACCAUAUGAAGCCGGCUCCCCUGUCGACUACUGGAUCUCUACAGCGAACCUGCUACCUUCCUCACCACGGGGUUCUGCGCGAAAGCAGUGCCUCUACUAAGUUGAGAGUGGUCUUCAACGGUUCGAGCUCCUUGGCCAACGGCGACUGCCUCAACCGAUUUCUGAUGACGGGACCCAACCUGCUUCCCGCCCUAGCUGACAUCCUACUACGGUGGAGAAGGCACCGGUACGUCUUUGCUACCGACAUUGAAAAAAUGUACCGGCAAAUCCUGGUGCAUGCCGAUGAUCAGAGCCUGCAAAGAAUAUUAUGGAGGAAGGACUCAGAGACCGAGAUCAAGGAAUAUUGGCUGACUACUGUAACUUACGGCUUAGCCUGCGCUCCAUCCGCACGCUGCACCAGCUCGCCGUGGACGAAGGCGAUCGUCAUCUUGAGGGAGCCGCGGUCCUCCGCUCCGACGUCUACAUGGACGACAUCCUGUCUGGAGCUUCUACCCUCCAGGAAGCCAAGGAAAUCCUCCGGACAGCUUGUUCUGGUCUGCAAGGCGGGAGGCUUCCCUCUGAAAAAAUGCAAGAGGCAAGAUGGUGGUUGCCUGGGGAAAGUCAUGCCACCCUGGGAUUACGGUGGCAACCUUGCGACGACCUCUUCUCCUUCGCCACCAGCCAACCAACGCUGUCCACGAUCACAAAGCGGUCAGUCUUAUCGUUGA